UACUGGAAAAUAUACUGCUAUGCCAUGACUUUUUGGGCUCCACCGCCACUACUAUCGUUUUUCGGCUUUAAAACCAAAGAGCGACAAUACGCUUGGAGAGAGAAAAUUGCCCUGAUCUCUAUCAUUCUUUGCACUGGCUCCAUUAUUGCUUUUCUCACCUUUGGCUUUACAAGGACCACUUGCACGGGCCUCCGAAUGAGACUUAGACCCUCUGACAUUACCACCGGGUAUCUGGUGCUUAAUGGGCGUGCUUACGCUCUAGACCAGUCAUCUCACCCGGCAGCAGUGGGAAUAGAGGCAGCUAGCAAUAUUCUGUACCCUCCGGUCAAUGCAGGUGGUAAGGACGCCACAUUUUUGUUUCAAAAUGUCAAUGGAAACUGCAAAGGGCUGAUUGUUCCAAAGGAAAACUGCACCAUUCCACAUACAGAUACCGAACUCGCAUGGUACAUGCCAUGCAAACUGCUAAACCUCGAUGGUUCCAGCAAGCCUAAUUUCACUCAAACGCAUUACAACGGAUAUGCCUGUCAUACAUCCGCAAAAUCGAGACAGAGCUUUUACAGGCUAGAUAUCCAGGGCGAUAUCUACUAUACAUGGGAAUCAAUAACAAGAGGCUCACGAAACCUUGUUGUUUACAAUGGAUAUGUUUUAGACAUGGGGCUUUUGGAUUGGUUGCAAAAAGAUGACCUAGAUUAUCCAGUAUUAUUUGAUAAGCUAAAGAAUGAUCCAACCAUGAAAGGUCAUGACUUGUCUUUACUCCUAACUGAGCCACACGAACGGCAGGCUGCUAAUUGCUUGAUUGAAAUAUUAAAAGUCGGGGUUGUCGACGUUGACACCAUUGGCUGCAUCGCCGCUACGAUAGUGCUGUAUGUCUCUCUGGUAUUAGUUUUGUCAAUUGUCAUUGCGAAGUUCAUUGUGGCUUGCUAUUUCAAAUGGUGCGUGGCAAGGAAACAAGGAGCCUCAUUAACCUCCGUCAAUAAUUCUGCAAAGCAAGAUACUUCUAUUGAAGAGUGGUUUGAAGAGCCCAAACCUGCUGUUCCUAUCUCUACCGUACCGAUCAAGCGAAGGGCCGAAAAUUACGCAAAAGGGUUCGGAAGCAAGAACCUAAAAUUUUCUAAGGGAGAAGAUUUAUCAGGGCUCAUUGAAGAUGAUUCAAAGCCCGUUUCAAUCCAGGACUACCGUCCCAAGUAUCUCACAAUGACUACUGAGGCGUUUAUUCUUACCAGCCGCGCUAAGAAAAGCAAGACGCAUCCCAAAUCUGCGUUUCAAGAGUGCUGGGGUGGAGACUCUUUGACCCAGAAAAGUCUAUUCUUGGGAACUGAAGAUAGCGAUAUUCAUACAUUGGGACCUGAUUUGAUAGCACCGGAUGCUAUCUGCCAGCCUCCUAUCAGCUGGGAGCCAUUUGGUUAUCCUCUAGUUCAUACCAUGUGUCUGGUAACUUGCUAUUCCGAAGAUGAAGAAGGGAUAAGGACCACCUUGGACUCGCUGGCUACCACAGACUAUCCCAAUUCGCACAAGCUCAUUGUUGUGAUCUGUGAUGGAAUCAUUACUGGAGCAGGGAAUGAUCGAUCAACCCCAGAUAUUUGUUUAGAUCUAAUGACUGGCUUUGUUGUUCCGAAGGAAGAUGUCAAACCUUAUUCUUACGUGUCUGUCGCUCAAGGUUCGAAACGACAUAACAUGGCAAAGGUUUACUCUGGAUUCUAUAAAUACAAUGACGCAACGGUACCUCCCGAAAAACAGCGCAAGAACCCUAUUUUGUUAGUUGUCAAGUGCGGAACACCUUCAGAGGCGAACAGCGCCAAACCUGGUAACCGUGGAAAGAGAGAUUCGCAAAUCAUACUGAUGUCUUUCCUUCAAAAGGUCACAUUCAACGAUCGAAUGACGGAGCUGGAGUUCGAGAUGAUGCGAGCCAUAUGGCAGGUCACGGGACUGAUGGCCAAUUGGUACGAGAUUGUAUUGAUGGUCGAUGCAGACACGCUCGUUUAUGCCGACUCCCUUACCCACAUGAAUGCAGAAAUGGUCAAGAACCCAGACGUCAUGGGACUGUGUGGGGAAACAAAGAUAUCCAACAAAACCAAGUCUUGGGUGACUGCAAUUCAAGUUUUUGAGUAUUACAUUUCUCAUCAUCAGUCUAAGGCAUUUGAGUCUGUUUUUGGUACUGUGACAUGUCUUCCCGGUUGUUUCUGCAUGUAUCGAAUCAAGACACCAAAGGAUUUGAAUGUAUGGGUUCCCAUUCUGGCCAAUUCCGAUAUCGUGGAGAAAUACUCCGAGAAUGUUCUUGACAGUCUUCACAAGAAAAAUCUUCUUUUGCUGGGUGAAGACAGAUAUUUGUCUUCGUUAAUGCUUCGCACGUUCCCCAGACGAAAACAAGUGUUUGUUCCAAAAGCAGCAUGUAAGACCGUUGUUCCAGAAAGAUUCAGCGUUCUUCUCUCUCAACGAAGAAGAUGGAUCAACUCAACGGUUCACAAUCUGAUGGAGUUGGUACUCGUGAAAGAUCUCUGUGGAACGUUCUGUUUCUCAAUGAAUUUCAUCAUCGCAGUGGAGCUCGUGGGAACCUUGGUUUUGCCUGCUUCGAUCACAUUCACACUUUAUAUCAUCGUCAUUUCUCUAGUUACCACGCCCACCCCUGUGAUGUCUUUAAUCCUUAUGGCAAUUAUCUUUGGACUACCGGGGCUAUUAAUCAUUGUUACAAUUUCAGACUUGACAUACAUUCUGUGGAUGUUUGUGUACUUUUUGUCCCUACCCAUAUGGAACUUUGUGCUCCCUGCUUACGCUUUUUGGAAGUUUGAUGACUUCAGCUGGGGGGAUACCAGAAAACUGCAAGGGGGUGACAAGGGGGGACACGAUAACAAGAAUGGUGAAUUUGAUGGGUCAUCAAUUGUCCAGAUGACAUGGAGAGAUUAUGAGCGCGUCAGGUUAGGAUUGGGAGCCAAACACACCAUCCCCACAGUAUACAAUCCCGUCAGCUUACAGAAUACCUUUCAAGAGCAAACUCCAUCAAAUAUCCUACUGGUUGAUAAUUCAACAUCCUGCCUACCAGAAACAUCCCGUGAUCCGACCACCCAAACUUACUCAUCCUACAAAACUGCGCCUUCGAAUUCAUGAAAUAUAUAUAAUAGAGCGAAGCUAAUGAUCCCUGCCUAGUUUCAAAGUGAGUUUUUGCAUAAGCUGGUUCGUAUCUGUCUUCACGGCUAUAGCCUGCACAAGAAGAGGGAAAAGUACCAUCAACUUGUCAUAGAUUGGUUUCGGAUUAGAAGAAGUGUCCAGCACGUUGGUAAUGGUCAUAAGACCAUUGAGGACAAUAUUUAUCUCGGUUUGCUGAAUUCUGGGAACUGGUUGUUUGUAAACAAGUCUCUCGUCGCUUAGUAGUUUGCGAAGGGCAAACGCACAUCGUGAAAUAAAGUAUGGUAGACACUUCUCGAACAAUGAAUUGUUAUCCCGGGGAAUCGAGAACUCAAUGAGGUCCUGCAAACAAGUCUUGGCAAGUCUGAGUCUGGGCAACUUGGAUAGCUCCGCAGUGGAACCGUAAACAAGAUUCAGAUUGUAAUUGCACAAUUUUUGAGCGACCUCUGAUGGAGACUUUGAGGAUUCCAGUAUCGAAUUCUCAAUGUCAUCCAAGGCGUAAAGAAAAGAUGAAGUCCACACAGUGACAAUGAACUCUUCAGCUUCAAGUUUUGAGGAUAAGGGACUUUCAGAGUAAAGUGGCACCAAACAACUCUUCAUUUGUUGAUAUUUCUCCAAGUCAAAGGACUCGGAUUCCUCAUCUUCGGAAGUUGAAUAGCUAAAUGAUGUCUUGAACGUUUGAAUUAGUAACUGGCUCAAUUGUGGUUUGACUUCAUCUUUCACUUCGUGCGAGUGUGCUAGCAAAAGAGAAACUCGAGCGCUCAAAUUGAC